CGCAUGUGAUAAUAACCCAUGUAUGAAUGGUGGCACCUGUCAACAAGUACAGGGUUCAUGUACAAUGUUCACAUGUGUCUGUAGUGGCUGCUACACUGGUCAGACUUGUUCCACUUUACUGGAUCCUUGCACACCAAACCGAUGUCUGAACGGUGGUAGCUGCUUCCAGCUAGCUAACUCCUGUACAGAUUAUUUGUGCGCGUGUACUCAGUGCUAUACCGGCGACGCUUGUGAACAAUUCAUUAACAUCUGUCAGCCUAACCCCUGUCAGAACAAUGGAUACUGUGUGCCAUUGGCUGGUUCCUGUACAGAGUACAGCUGUACAUGUAGCCAGUGUUAUGAAGGACCAUCCUGUGAGAACCGAAUUGAUCAAUGUGCCUCUUUCCCAUGUGCCAACGGUGGUACUUGUCAGGCGCUACCAGGAACAUGUACCGCAUACAACUGUAUCUGUCCCCAGUGCUUCACUGGAGCAACCUGUUUAUCUGCAAUCAAUGCCUGUCAACCAAAUCAGUGUCUGAAUGGUGCAACGUGUUCACAACAGUUUGGAUCAUGUACCGAAUUUACAUGUCAAUGCCAAGAUUGCUACACCGGAACAUUCUGUGAAGCAAGAAUCAACCAGUGUCAACCGAAUCCUUGUCAGAAUGGAGGUUUCUGUAUUGCAACACAAGGUUCCUGUGUUGAUUACACAUGUUCCUGUCCAUUCUGUUUUACUGGUACAUUCUGUGAAACGAGUGUGAAUCAGUGCUUGCCUAAUCCAUGUGAGAAUGGUGGAACCUGUCAGUCUAUGCAGGGUUCCUGUAUUGCCUAUCAGUGUCAGUGUGCAGGAUGUUAUACCGGAGUCAACUGUGGUAGCUUGAUUGAUCCUUGUCAACCAAAUCAAUGUCAGAAUGGUGGCCAAUGUCAAGGUGUACCUGGUUCAUGUACUGAGGUUAUAUGUACUUGUAGUGGAUGUUAUACCGGAUCCUACUGCCAAGAAUUCAUCAAUCCAUGCCAACCCACCAAUCCAUGUCAGAAUAGUGGUUUUUGUAUUCCAACACAAGGCUCCUGCACGGAUUAUUCUUGUUAUUGCCAGCAAUGCUACACUGGACAAAAUUGUGAUAUUCGACUUGACCAGUGUGCACCCAAUCCAUGUCUGAAUGCCGGUACCUGUAUUCCACAGCAAGGCUCCUGUACCAUCUAUAGCUGUCAGUGUCCAGGAUGUUACACUGGACAGACCUGUGGUACAUUAUUGGAUCCCUGCCAGCCUAAUCAGUGCCUCAAUGGUGGUCAGUGUAAUCCUCUGUCUUGUACAGAUUUUUCUUGCUCGUGUAGCGGCUGCUAUACUGGACAGCGAUGUGAAACAUUACUCAACCAGUGUCAACCGAACCCAUGUCUGAACAAUGGAUUCUGUCAGCCAAUACAGAACUCCUGUUCUGAUUACCAGUGUACUUGUCCCGGAUGUUACACAGACACCAACUGUCAAACUUUAUUGAAUCCAUGCCAGCCAUCUAACCCAUGCCAGAAUGGUGGUACCUGUCAGUCGACGUCAUGUACAACAUAUUCCUGUCUGUGUCCUGGAUGUUACACUGGUUCACAGUGUGAAACAUUACUCAAUCAGUGUCAGCCCAACCCAUGUUUGAAUGGUGGCUUGUGUAGCCAGACGCCAGGAUCAUGUACAGACUAUAGCUGUCAGUGUCCAGGAUGCUAUACUGGAACAUUCUGUGAACAAUUGUUGAAUCCAUGUCGGCCCAAUCCAUGCCAGAGUGGUGGACAGUGUGUUCAAACAGCGGGUUCUUGUUCCGAGUUCACUUGCGAGUGCUUGCAAUGCUUCACUGGGCAAUUGUGUCAGACAUUAUUGGCCCCAUGUACACCCAACCCAUGUCAGAAUCAGGGUUUUUGUAUACAGGACCAGACUUGUACCUCAUAUCAAUGUUCCUGUCCAUUCUGUUACACCGGAACAAACUGUGAAAGUCGGAUUGAUCCUUGUACCAGUUCGCCAUGUUUGAACGGUGGUACUUGUAUGACUCCUGGAGAUCAGUGCUCAUUCUACCAGUGUCAGUGUCCAAAUUGUUACACUGGACCUACCUGCCAGACAUUACUUGAUCCAUGCCAGAACAACCCAUGUCAGAAUGGUGGAGUCUGCCAAGGUAUUGCUGGCUCCUGCACGCAGUACUCAUGUACUUGUGUUGGCUGUUUUACCGGUAGAACUUGUGAAACACCCAUUGAUCCAUGUCAGAACUUUCCUUGCCAAUUUGGUGGUACUUGCAUAAGAUCACAGAAUUCCUGCAAUGAAUAUUCAUGUAUUUGUCAGAAUUGCUACACUGGUAUUAACUGUGCUACCUUGUUGAAUCCAUGCAGUAAUAAUCCAUGUCAGAACAACGGAUUCUGUUCACCAGUAGCUGGCUCAUGUGUUGACUACACAUGCACAUGUAGUGGUUGCUUUACAGGAAACCAAUGCCAGACAUUCUUGGAUCCCUGUCAGAACUUGCCUUGUCUGAAUGGUGGCCAGUGUCUAGCUGUACAAGGAUCAUGUACUGUUUACCAGUGCCAGUGUCCGGAGUGUUACUAUGGAACCAAUUGUGAAACCAGACAAAAUCCAUGUGCUGUCAAUCCUUGUCAGAAUGGAGGUACUUGUUCAGAGACACCGGGCUCCUGUACAUCCUUCACAUGUCAAUGCCAGUCUUGUUACGCAGGACAGUAUUGUCAGACUUUGUUGAAUCCGUGCAAUAGUUUCCCAUGUCAGAAUGGUGGGCAGUGUCUACAGCUGGCAGGUUCAUGUACAGAAUUCACCUGUAAUUGUCAAGGCUGCUACACAGGAGUUAAUUGUGAAAUUUUGUUGAAUCCAUGUCAACCUAAUCCAUGUGAGAACAAUGGCUUCUGUGCUCAACAACAAGGAUCUUGUACAGAUUACCAGUGUUUUUGCAGUGGCUGUUUUUCUGGUACUCGCUGUGAGAUAGUUCUUGAUCAGUGUUCUCCAAAUCCGUGUAACAACAAUGGUGUAUGCCAACCGUUGGCUGGAUCGUGUGACCGGUACAUGUGCAUAUGUGAGGGAUGUUUUGUUGGCACCAACUGUGAAAGAUUGCAAGAUCCAUGCGCGACGGGGUCAGGGUCUAAUCCAUGUCUGAACGGUGGUGUCUGUCAGCAAUCGUCUUGCCAGGAAUACACCUGUCAAUGUACUGGCUGCUUCCAAGGUGCAAACUGUGAAACACCGAUUAAUCCAUGUGUGUCCAUACCCUGCCAGAACAACGCUAUCUGCCAGAAGGCUGUCAAUUCAUGUACAGACUAUACUUGUACAUGCCAAGGAUGCUUCACUGGUACUCUGUGUGAGAUAGCCAUUGAUCAGUGUACGCCUAACCCAUGUCAAAAUGGCGGAUUUUGCUAUAAAUCGCCAGGAUCCUGCUCAGAUUUUACUUGCCAGUGUCCCGGAUGUUAUACCGGAUCUUUGUGUCAAACAGAAAUUGACCAGUGUGCUGUCAAUCCCUGCCAGAACAAUGGUCUGUGCGUUAAAACAAUUGGAUCAUGUACAUCAUAUAGCUGUGAAUGUAGUGGGUGCUAUACUGGACAGUACUGUGAAACAGAAUUGGAUCCGUGUCAGAGCUUACCCUGUCAGUCUGGUGGGACUUGUCUCAAGCUUUCCUGCACAACAUUCCAAUGUAUCUGUCCAUCGUGUUACACUGGAAAUAACUGUGAACAAUAUUUGAACCCAUGUCAGCCCAGUAACCCAUGCCAGAAUAAUGGUUUCUGUGUACAAGUACAAGGUUCAUGCGUGGAUUACACAUGUUCUUGUCCAUUCUGUUACUCCGGCAAUAAUUGUGAAAUUGAGUUGAAUCAAUGUAGCCCUAACCCAUGUGAGAACGGGGGAACGUGUUCACGUCUCGGUGGUUGCAUACAGUAUCAGUGUCAGUGUCCUGGCUGCUACACAGGACCUAAUUGUCAGACAUUACUUAAUCCAUGUUUGCCGAAUCGUUGCCAGAAUGGCGGUACUUGCAUACAGACCCCAGGGUCAUGUACAGACUAUACAUGUACAUGUGCUGGAUGCUACACAGGACAGUACUGUCAAGAUCGUAAGUACCGUAUUUCACUUCACUAA